CUAUUCAACAUUCAUCUCCUUCAAUCUCUCUCACCUCCUUGUUCCUCUCCUGCGAAGCAUUGAAUUCACCAUUCUCUCUUUCUCUCUCUCUCUCUCUCUCUCUCUCUCUCUCUCUCUCUUUCUUUCUCUCUCUCACAGAUUCGUCCACAGCUCCAGAAUAAGCUUCACCUCUUCGCAUUAAAUCGUUUUCAAAAUCGCCAAGGUUUGGGUUUCUUCAAUGAGCAGCAAAUUGAUGGUGAUGGAUUUCUAGCAACGGACCUGGAAUUGAAGAACUUCGUUUUAGUAGAUGGUUGGUUGUGAGGGACUGUUGAGGGUUCUUAUGAAGAGUUCUGGAGUUACUGAGUUGAAUUCCUUCUACCCCAUUCGACCAGAAUGCCAAGCUGAUGUUCCAGCCACUCGUUUCAAACCAAGGGCUGGCAAAACUCUAAGUGCAAGAAGAUGGCAUGCAUCAUUCUCUGAAGAUGGUCGCUUGGAUAUUGCGAAAGUGCUUAGACGAAUCCAGCGGGGGGGUGUCCAUCCUUCAAUCAAAGGGGAAGUAUGGGAGUUCUUGCUAGGUUGCUAUGAUCCUAACAGUACAUUUGAAGAACGGAAUGACCUCAAACAACGUCGGAGGGGGCAGUAUGAUAUGUGGAAAGCUGAAUGUCAAAAACUGGUCCCAGCCAUUGGUAGUGGAAAAUUUAUUACAACACCCAUCAUCGGUGAUGAUGGCCAGCCAACAGAUCAUUCUUUGGUAGGCGUCCCGGCUUCAGAUAAGAAAGUUGUGCAGUGGAUGCAGUUAUUACAUCAGAUUGGUCUGGAUGUUGUUCGAACAGAUCGAGCACUUGUCUUUUAUGAGAGUGAAGAUAAUCAAGCAAAACUUUGGGAUGUUCUAGCAGUUUAUGCUUGGUUGGACAAUGAUAUUGGUUAUGUACAAGGAAUGAAUGAUAUUUGCUCACCUUUGAUUAUUCUUAUUGAGAAUGAAGCAGAUUGCUUUUGGUGCUUUGACCGCGCGAUGCGAAGGAUGAGAGAGAACUUCAGGUGCAGUGCAAGUUCAAUGGGGGUGCAAUCUCAGUUGGGUACACUCUCACAGAUAAUGAAAACAGUUGAUCCCAAGCUUCAUCAGCACCUUGAGGAUUUAGAUGGUGGAGAGUAUCUUUUUGCAUUUCGCAUGCUCAUGGUUCUUUUCCGAAGAGAAUUUUCUUUUGCAGAUACUAUGUAUCUUUGGGAGUUGAUGUGGGCCAUGGAAUACAACCCAAGCAUCUUCUUCAAAUAUGAGGAGCCAGAUCGUGCUAAACCAAAAGGCCCUGCGCCUGUAGUAAAUGACAAACUCUUAAAGCAAUAUGGAAAAUUUGAGAGAAAAAAAAUGAAGAAUGGGCAUACAGAGGAAAAUAGUGCACUAUCUGUUUUUCUUGUUGCAAGUGUUCUUGAGAUCAAGAAUAGGCGGAUUUUAAACGAGGCCAAGGGUGUGGACGAUGUUGUCCAGAUCUUGGGUGACAUAACCUCCAAUCUUGAUGCUAAAAAAGCAUGUAAUGAAGCAUUGAAAAUUCAGAAAAAAUACCUGAGCAAGACCAAGAAGGCAUGACAGAGACAAUAGUAGAUUUUCUGUAACUAUAUGAUGGCAGCUAUGGUUAUAUGAUCUUCUGAGGUUUCAGUUGCUCCUUAUAGGCUAUUGUUUACUUUCUCUUUCAUUAUUUUCUUUUCUUUUCUCUUAGUGGUGGUCAGCAGUUCCUUGUUGAUCAUUUGAAAAUCAAAUUUUAAUCUUAUACUUUGAAAUAUUCUUCAAUAUCGAUGCCAUGAGAUCCAGGGAACCAGAAAAUGUUAACUUUAGAUAAA